AUGAACACCUCAGCAGCCAGCAGUAUUACAUCUUCUAAAAAGAAUAUAAAUACAGAUAGCAGUUCAAAACAUAAAGAGGAGCAAAUGGAUGCUUCAGAAACAGUAUUGAAGAAAGAAGACAUUGAAGACGAUGAUGUUGUCAUCAUGAAAGAAGAAAAGUUAGAACCAGAAAAACGGCAAACUCUGAAGAAUAUUAGCAAAACUAUUGAUGAUGCUAAAGACAUUGUCAGACUGACCGAUACGGAGAUUAAUAUUUUAACACAGGAGCUGCAGAAUAUGAAGGAGAGUCUCAGUGAGUCUGUGCUUCAAAGCCUUCACUUUCUCCUGGAAAACCCCAACUGUAUGUUGUCAAUGCCUGUGGAUAUCAAAGGUGUGGAGAGGAUGAUCGAUUCUGUGCUGGCAAGUCUGCCCAUCGCAGAGAUGCUUGAUUUGACCAAGGAGGAGUUUGAGACUUUUGAUGAUAAGCUUCAUUUUAUUGAACGAGCCAACCAGUCAGUGUCCAAGUUAUUUUUGGAUUGUCAUUCCCGGCUGAAAGAAUUCAAACAGAGCCUUAUCAGUGAAACAGAGGAUGUUGAUAAAGAAAUUAAAGAAUAUGAGUGCAGUAAACCUGAACCAGAUCAGAACUGUGUGAUGAUUGACAGUGAUGAUGAUGAUGUGACCAUCCUGUCUCCACCUGUCAAUUCUAACCAGCCGGGACAGAG